AUGCUGCGUGUGAUACGAGCUGGAGUGAAAAAGGAAUUUGCUUUGGUAGAAGCACCGACAGUUAAGGCUCAGACUUCGUUGGUCACUGACACCGAAGAGGAGACCCCCUGAAAGAACAGAGGAAAACAAGGGAAAAAGUGAGAGCCGUGUAGGGGAUCAUGUCCCUUCAGAAUCAGUGAGAGUGACCACUGCCUGCCGACCUUUAAAACAGGAACUGGAAAGACCAUGGCUUUGCUUUGCGCAGCCUUGGCGUUUCAACGAUCUCAGCCACCAGGAGAGCGACCACAGAUUAUCUACGGUGUGCGGACGCAUGCCCAGGCAAAUCAGGUUAUGCAAGAAUUGAAGAGGAGUCCUUAUGCGAAUCAUCGAGCUGUCGUCAUUGCCGGUAGGAAACACCUUUGCACCAAC